AUGUGCAAGUUGAACAAAUCCUUGCAUGGAUUAAAGGAGGCUAGUAGACAGUGGUAUGCCAAGUUGAUAGAAGCUCUCUGUUCUAGAGGCUAUAUACAUUCUAUUAGACAGUGGUAUGCCAAGUUGAUAGAAGCUCUCUGUUUUAGAGGCUAUAUACAUUCUAUGUUUGAUUACUCCCUGUUCUACAAAGGUAAAGGGAACUCAGUGGCUUUUGUAGCUGUGUAUGUAGUUGAUGUUAUCAUCAUAGGAGCUCACUUGGAGGAAAUUACCAGCUUGAAGAAGUUCCUACAUGAGACUUUCAGAAUAAAAAGAUCUGGGCAGACUUCAUUACUUCCUAGGAGGAAUUUCACUCAAGACCUUCUUAAGGAGUUUGACUGUACAUGGUAUUCUGUUGUGACCUCACCUCUUGAUUCAACAGUGAAGUUGAAAGCAGGAGAAUGGAUACUACUUCCAGAUCCUAGUCACUAUAGGAAACUAAUUGGGAAAUUGAACUUCCUUAUAGGAACUAGGCCUGAUAUAGCUUAUAUUGUUCAACACUUGAGCCAAUACAUGCAAAGUCCUACAGAUAGUCACCUAAAAGCAGCAGCACAUGUGUUGAGAUAUUUUAAAGGAAAUUUAUCUCUAGGCAGCUUUUUAUCCAACAAUAGAGAUUACAGAGUAAGAGCCUUUCGUGACUCUGAUUGGGCUAGACCAAUCAAUUGGAAAUCAAAGAAACAAUCUACCAUUUCCCUGUCUUCAGCAGAGGCUGAGUAUAGAGCAGUCAGAAAAGUAGUUGGAGAACUGAUUUGGCUUGCACGACUGCUUGAGGAACUCACAAUACCCCUUUCUCUGCCCAUACAUGUCUUGUGUGACAGCCAAGCAACACUUCACAUUGUAAAGAAUCAGGUCUUCCAUGAGCGGACCAAGCAUAUAGAAGUGGAUUGUCAGUUUGUAAGUGACAAGCUUCAAGAUGGCCUGAUUUCAUUACACUACAUCCCUACUCAUGAACCUCCAAAUUGA